UAGCGUCGCGGAAUGUGAGUGGGAGAGUCGACACGAAGAAGGUGAACUGCGUGCGGGACAAACGUGCUCGUUUUGAACCCCCUGAUCUGACCUGCCAAAUGGAUUUUGACCCAGAUCAGUGAUAUGUAGUCACCUUUUCACCGCAGACUUACUUUCAGACCAACUAUUGAAGAAGUGACGCCCGUGGAUCGAUCAGCGGGGGUUUGUUGGAGGCGAAGCCGCGCAGAAAUGCUUUGAGGUUGCAUAAAGUGGCUGGUAGUGACCGCGACGCGACGCACACCCGCAUGAGCGCCACACGGACACUGACACUGCUGCCCAGUCCGGUGCGUCCCGGAGAGAAUGAGCCGAGAUGAGCCAGAGAGACACACUGGUGCAUCUGUUUGCUGGAGGAUGUGGAGGCACGGUGGGUGCGAUCCUGACCUGUCCGUUAGAGGUGGUGAAGACGAGGCUUCAGUCUUCCUCAAUAACGCUCUGCAUCUCUGAGGUGCAUCUGAGCACAGUUAAUGGAGCCAGCGUGUCACGUGUGGCCCCUCCGGGGCCCCUUCACUGCCUCAGAUUAAUUCUUGAGAAGGAAGGCCCUCGUUCUUUAUUUCGGGGCCUGGGGCCCAAUCUAAUUGGAGUGGCUCCUUCACGGGCCAUCUACUUCGCCGCCUAUUCCAGCUCAAAGGAGAGACUGAACUGUGUGUUUGAGCCAGACUCCACGCAGGUGCACAUGACGUCUGCUGGGAUUGCAGGGUUCACGGCUAUAACAGCAACCAACCCAAUUUGGUUAAUUAAGACACGUCUACAAUUGGACGCCAGGAAACGCGGGGAGCGUCGCAUGAAUGCAUUUGAGUGUGUGCGGCGCGUGUAUCAGACGGAUGGUCUACGUGGGUUUUACCGCGGCAUGUCUGCUUCUUAUGCGGGCAUCUCAGAGACUGUGAUUCACUUUGUGAUCUAUGAAAGCAUAAAACGACGUCUUUUAGAGGCCAAAGCAGCAACGCACAUGGAUGGGGCCGAGGACACAGCCAAGGACGCGUCGGACUUCGUGGGCAUGAUGCUGGCAGCCGCCACUUCCAAGACCUGCGCCACAUCUAUAGCCUAUCCACACGAGGUUAUCCGCACACGGCUAAGGGAAGAAGGUACCAAGUACCGCUCGUUCUUCCAGAGUCUCAGCCUGGUGAUUAGAGAGGAAAGCUAUCGAGCUCUUUACCGAGGACUCACCACACAUCUGGUCAGACAGAUCCCCAAUACAGCCAUCAUGAUGUGCACCUACGAGUUCGUCGUCUACCUGCUUGAUGGCUAAACUUUAACUUGAGGUGCCUCAGUAUUCAUGGACGAAGAGUUCUGUGGUUUCAUUCACAAUUUGGGAGUGUCUUCUGAGAGGAAGGUGUUAGGAGAAAAAGGAAAAUGACUGAAAAGGUUGUGUCUAGAAAGCAAUGUUCUCGUUUCUUGGUUUUCCUUAACUUUCUGUCUUUUAAUGUUGCUUAAAAUGCUGCUGCUUCUAAAAAGCCUUGACAGUCAGUUCACCUUUAGCCUCCUCAGAGUUCGUUUUUACAUCUCAAACAGCACUUCACGUCAGAUAGAUCUUGUAUGUGGAUUCAGCAGGUUAUUUCUGUCAGAGAAGCUGUUCUUAUGUUGGCAGGUGUUUGAGGGGUUUGUCGGCAUCAUUGCGAUGCUAUGAUGGCGAUCAAAGCUUCACUGGAUUUUCUCGAGAUUUGAGCUGGAAAGGAUUUGGAGAGGAUCCAAUCUGAGGCUUACAACCAUGCAAUGCAAAAGCAAAAAGAUCUGAUGCAUAUACCUGACACUGUGUGCACAUGUAUGCAAAAACAGAUGUCUAAGAGUCUGUUUAGUUGUUUUAACACCGUACAGGUGAUUGUGUGCUAGUCUCAGAGUGUCAUAUUUGUCCGUUUAUUCCCGUUAUUGUGUGUUUGUAGCCCCUAUUUAACCUUAACACAUGAAUGUAACAAUCAUUGCAGCCAAAAUAGGUUGUUGGCACAAAAAAACUUUAAUACAUAUAUGUACUCAGCAGCAGAAUUAUUAAUGAAAGAAGGUAAUGAAUAAUGAUAAAGAAAUAAUCAUUUAAAAUUUUAAAAAAGAAAAAGAAAGAAAAGCAAGUAUUAUGCAAGCAAGCCAUUGCACUGUAACACAAAAUACGUUUUUUUUUUGUCGCCAUGUUGUUGACCCCAUCCCAAAAACGCACA